UCCUUAAUGAGACAAAUCAAAGCUAUACAUAUGGUCUCAUGACAAUGUCUAUAUCAUAUUAUCAUGAAUUAAUGUCUCUGUAUAUGUUCUUUUCUAGUUUGGUUUUCUAGCUACAUUCUUAAAACUCCCAUUUUUCAAGCUAGUUAGAAAGGAAAAAUGGCACACUUACCUCCAAGAGUGCCUAACAUGACACCAAAUUGGCCUGAUUUUUCACUUCAAAAAUUGGACAACUUAUCUCCCAAUGCAACUGCUGCUCACAAUAACCCUUUAUGGGCGGACGAAUUCCUCGACUUCUCGUCGAAACGCGGGUCCCACCGGAGAUCGAUGAGCGACUCCAUCGCAUUCUUGGAAACUCCCAUGGUGGAGGAAUGCAGAAGGCUAUCAUCAACUCCGGGUUCGGGUAGGACCACUACUCGUAAUGAGGAAUUUGAGAGGUUUGAUGAUGAGCAGCAGAUCAUGUCCAUGUUUAAUGAGGAACAUGACAAUAUGUCGUGUUCGAACCCGUCGUCGCCGUCUGAUUACAUCAACGUUAAUGAAGAUAAUAAAAGGAUGAAUGUAGCCGGCGGCGACCGUGAUGGUCAAAUGCAGCAGCUUAAUGAGGAAGUCCAAAGCUCAUGCAAGACUAAUGAGGAACCAGCAGCUACUCAUGCAAGUAUUGAAUAUUCUUGUGAAAAAGUUGUUGAUCCUAAGAGAAUUAAAAGGAUAUUGGCAAACAGACAAUCGGCACAAAGAUCACGGGUGAGGAAACUGCAGUAUGUGUCGGAGCUGGAACGUAGUGUUAGCACACUUCAAGCUGAAGUUUCGGUAUUGUCACCAAGAGUUGCAUUUCUGGACCAUCAACGUUUGGUUCUAAACGUUGACAAUAGUGCCCUCAGGCAAAGAAUCGCAGCUCUUUCCCAAGAUAAAUUGUUUAAAGAUGCUCAUCAAGAAGCAUUGAAAAGAGAAAUAGAGAGGUUGAGACAAAUUUAUUACCAACAGAACCUCAAGCAGAUGGAAAACGGUACACAAUCAAAGUCACAACCACCAGUUGCUGAUUCCAGUGCUAUUGAGAUGAAAGUACAACUUGUCAAUUGAUCUCUCCUUUGUGAUCCUUCAGCUAGGAACAAAUAGACUUAUGACUGAUGGCAGAGGAGAGGCACUUUGGCAUAUUCAUGUGUUGUUGGAUCCGCCAUGAAAAUUUCCUUUAUGAGGGGAUCUGACAGGAUAAGAUCACUUGGAUCUCAGAAUUGAUCUCUCAUUUUCAGGGACCAAAAGAAGCUUGUUUUACUGCUUAGGCAUAGGUGUGUCAUUUUUAUUCUGAUCUUUUCGUUUUAUUUUCUUAUUGUUGAUUUCAUUUUUCCUAUAACCGCAUCUACAAGAAUUUUUUAUUAUUGAAAGAGCAAGUGGAAUUUUGUAUUGGGUUGUAUCAAGGAAAGCAAAAAGGAUUUUCACUUGUCAA